GCCGGGAAGAUGGCAGCCCUUGUGUCGCCCUUGGCCACUGCGCGCUGCCUGCUGCGGGCUCUGGGGUGCCGCGGCCGCCUGCUCCCGCCGCACAGAGCUUACACAGCUCAGGCAGAUGAGAAGACAGGCCCUAGUACUCCUAGAGAUGCUCAUGCCAGAGCCUUACUCAUUUGCAAUGGACCUUUAGAACAUUAUGACUUUUUGAUUAAGCAGGAAGAGCUGAAGAAUGAUGAGCAACAAAGAAGAGUUGUGCAGCACCUGCAGAAAUUGCAUGAGAGCCUUAAAGGCUACAGCAUUGGUUCAAAAAAUGUUCUUUCAAAGCUCUUUGCCAAAACCAAGCCCCCAAAAGGUCUUUAUGUCUAUGGAGAUGUUGGCACAGGAAAGACAAUGGUGAUGGACAUGUUCUAUUCUCACUUAGAAGUAGAAAGGAAAAAGAGAGUCCAUUUUCAUGGCUUCAUGUUGGAUGUACACCAGAGAAUACAUCGCCUUAAGCAGAACUUACCAAAGAGAAAAGCAGGAUUUAUGGCCAAAUCAUAUGACCCAAUUGCACCUGUGGCAGAGGAGAUAAGCAAAGAGGCUGCUCUCCUGUGUUUUGAUGAGUUUCAGGUCACUGACAUUGCUGAUGCCAUGAUUUUGAAGCAGCUUUUUGAAAAUCUCUUCCAAAAUGGGGUUGUCGUUGUGGCAACAUCUAACAGGCCGCCAGAAGAUCUCUAUAAAAAUGGUCUUCAGAGGGCUAAUUUUGUACCAUUCAUUGCUGUACUGAAGAAAUACUGCAACACAGUCCGGCUUGACUCUGGAAUAGACUACAGGAAACGAGUGCUUCCAGCUGCUGGAAAACUUUACUACCUCACAAGUGAAGCUGAUGUGGAGGCUGUCAUGGAUAAGUUGUUUGAUGAGCUGGCUCAGAAACAAAAUGAUUUAACUAGACCAAGGAUUCUAAAAGUGCAAGGCAGAGAGCUGAGGCUGAAUAAAGCGUGUGGAACCAUUGCAGACUUCACGUUUGAAGAGCUGUGCGACAGACCUCUUGGAGCCAGCGACUAUUUGGAAAUAUCAAAGCAUUUUGACACAGUGUUUGUUCGUGACAUACCACUUCUUACAAUAGCAAAAAGGACACAAACUCGUCGUUUCAUUACUCUUAUUGAUACCUUUUAUGAGCAUAAGGUGCGCAUUAUCUGUUCUGCGGCAGCUCCUCUCCAAAGCCUGUUCCUCCUGAAACAUGACAGUGGUGAACUGCAGGACAACAGAGUGUUGAUGGAUGAUUUGGAUUUGAGCCAGGAUUCUGCCAAAGGACUCUCCAUGUUUACAGGAGAAGAGGAAGUCUUCGCCUUUCAGCGUACUCUCUCACGGCUCACAGAAAUGCAAACUGAACAGUACUGGAAUGAUGGGGACAGAAGCAAAAAAACAAUUAAAAGUUGAAUGAAAUCACCAAGAAGUAAAAUUACAGUGUGAAAUCACCAAGAAGAAAAAGCUGGAAAAUCUUCAGAAAAGCACUGGAAUGCUUUUUAGCACAACUUGAAUAAUAAUUGCACUUUAUCAUCUGGACCAUGUUUUCUUUCAUCAAUAGUGUUUUGAGUUUAA